AGCGUUAGCGAAAGUUUUAUUCACAUUUCUAUUGUUCGCUUCCGUCUGACUUUGCCUCUUACUGCUGAGUAGACAAUUAUAGAAUAUAGACUAUAUUAUGUAGCUGUAGUAACUCCAUGACACAUGGGCAGCGGAAAGAUAGAAGCCAGGAUGCAGGCGUUGGUUCAAAGAACGCUCUGAGCGAGCUAGGACAGCGCCCUGCCGCGGUUGAAGUUGCACUUUCAGAGGAGAAUAAUGCAGAUCGUGGUAGCUGCAGCAACUUCUUUCCCGUGGAGGAAAUGGGGAACGCGAUGCACCAGAGGACCUUGGGGAGGCUACCUCGUGAACUUGGAGUAGCUGACGUUCGUGGAGUGGAAAACGAAAGCAUGAUGGAAGAAACUAGUAGCGAUCAUCGCGUGGGUGCAACUACUGGGACAGGUACUUCUGCAGGUGGGCAAGGGGGAGCUGCAGGCGUAUCCUUGUCGCAACCGACGCUGCUGGCACUCGAGCCCCCACCCCUGGAUAUGGACGUCGAUAUGGACGGGGGCGCGACUCCCGACGCCCACGCGGAGAAAGCGGCGAUAAUGAGUUUGCGCGACAGAGAUGACGGGGACGGCCUUUUUGACGACGAUUCGAGUGCGAUGACAGCGCUUGUGCCAAUUGCUUCUGCUUCCAGUGGACACAGCACAACAACGUGCACUCCUCCAGCGACUGGAGGGGGAGGUGUUCGAAACCCGAUGGAGCGCGGUUCUCAUGGAAUGAAUUCACCCAGCAGCACGUCUGCAGGUACGAGUAUAGCCACGCGCCGAGCGAUGACACGGCGAUCCUACUCGCGAGAUCUUGUAGUUCGUGACAACUUGCUUCGCGGAACACCCGGGUUUGCAGGCACUGCAUCUGAAAGCAUGCAGCCACAACGCCGCAGCCCGCAAAUGUUUGCAGAUUAUGGACGAGACGACUCCAUUGCGCGUGCGGGUGAUUACCGGGAUGGUCCCAAGAACAUUAAUAUGUAUAGAGAUCAUCUUGGAGCGAGUGCGUCGAGGUCGAGCCGAGCGCGACGCGGGGGGACCGCCUCGGCUCGUAGGCGACACAGGAUGCCGACGACAGCUCUUGGAGAUACAGCAGAUGCCUCCAUGGAGCAGCAACUCGCAUCGACGUCCCUUAUCCCGACGACAACCACAAGAGACAAGAACUAUGGUGUCAGAGGAGCGGCUAGGGGAGUCGGCGAUCAUCACGGACAUCACCUGCGCCACCAACUUGCUUCCUCGCAACGUGCCCCUUCAUACAUGUUGGAUCAGCAAACGGCUGACAGAAGUUUUCACUCUGUGCUGCUGCGCCACCCGGAGCAGGGAGUUCUCGUCACUUUCAAUCCGCUGUCACACAAAAUUGAGCUACUGCGGACGGGAACAGGUGGUAGCAGUGACCUCCUCUACGAUUACUGUCCGUUUUGUGGCCAGGUUGUCGAUGAAGAGUUGCUAGCUAAUUUGAUGGCCUCAGACGGGCUUUUCGCGCGUGCCGCUGCGGCUGCUGCUUCAGGAGGUGGAGUUGGAGAGGAUGACUUAGAUUUUGCGGAUUCUGUUUCUGGCGAUGGGCCACUCGAGACUGAUGUUGAGGAUGAAGAGGAAGAGCAAUCCUAUGACUCAGACGAUGGUGGUAAUGAGAUUGAGAAUGUCGACCAAAUAGAAGAAGACGAGAGCAACGACAUAGUAGAGGACGUCGAGGAUGAACAGGACCUUGUCUUCGAAGAUGUGGUAGAUGACACUCGUUUUAGCCAAGACGACAUUGAAGCAUCAGCUGUUUAUGCAGAGGAGCAAGCACUUGUCGGGUACGAACAAAACAAGUCAACAGAAGACGUUGGGGCAGAAGGCGGUGCGACCCUUGUUGACUAUCCCGCUUUUGGCAGAUCGCAUGCGCUUCGCGGAGAUCCAGAGCUGACAUCGCUUGCCACGGACGCUAGGACUGGUGCAAGCUCGUCAUCCACGUUUACCGCUCUUUCACAUUUCGAUGCUGGCGAGCAGG